AUGGCGACGACUCACGCCGCGAAUGAGCUCAAGCAGCAGGGUGCUAUCGAGGCAUCGAGAGAUCCCGAAAGCAACGUGACGGCCGCAGACGCGGAGCGCAAGAUCGUCGAAGACAGCCGGGAGGCAGGCGUAACGGCCUUCACUUUCGACCCCGAUGCUAGUCCCGAGGAGAAGAGAGCACAGGCGAGAGCCGCUGUCCCCGAGGGAUUCCACCGUAGACCCAAAGGCGUAGCGAUCGUAACCGACAUCGACGACGGUACCAAAGCCGAUAUCGAUCUACCUUCGCCCUCCAAAGCUGGCGCAAUCGAGGUUGCCAAGGGCGAGGAUGGGAAACCCCUCGCCAACGGCGCGGCCGGCGAAGAGGAGGAAGACUGGAGCAAGACGGGUUGGGCGCCCAGGUUCGGGUGGCCUACAGAACCCACAGACCAAGGCGAGGACAUGCUGGACCACUCGACAUGGGUCGAGUCCCAGUUAUCCGAGCAGUUCUUUGGAGAUUGGUACCAUAACGCGGCAGUCAUUGCGUUCGCCUGCCUCGCCUCCUGGCUAGUAGCAGUGCUCGGCGGCGGCCUCGCUUGGGUGUUUAUCGUCAUGGCUAUCUGUUCGACCUACUACCGCACCUCGAUCCGCCGAGUGCGCCGGAAUUUCCGCGACGAUGUUACCCGCGAGAUGGCGCUCAAGAAGCUGGACACGGAUAACGAAUCUGUCGAGUGGAUCAACUCUUUUUUGGUCAAGUUCUGGCCCAUCUACCAGCCCGUUCUUGCGCAAACCGUCAUCAACUCGGUUGACCAGGUCCUGAGCGGUGCCACCCCUGCCUUCUUGGACAGUCUGAAGCUCAAGAGUUUUACUUUGGGCUCGAAGCCACCUCGGAUGGAGCACGUGAAGACGUACCCUAAGGCCGAUGACGACAUUGUGGUCAUGGACUGGAUGUUCAGCUUCACCCCCAACGACACGGCCGACAUGACUUCUCGCCAGCUUAGUAACAAGAUCAACCCCAAAGUCAUUCUGGAAAUCAGAGUGGGCAAGGCCAUGGUCAGCAAGGGCCUUGAUGUGAUUGUCGAGGAUAUGGCCUUCAGCGGCCUGAUGCGCCUCAAGAUCAAGUUGCAGUUUCCCUUCCCUCAUAUUGAAAAGGUCGAGAUGUCCUUCUUGGAGCGGCCAACGAUCGACUACGUCUGCAAGCCGCUGGGAGGUGAAACAUUCGGUUUCGAUAUCAACUUCAUCCCCGGUCUCGAAAGCUUCAUUAUGGAGCAGAUCCACGGCACUCUGGCCCCGAUGAUGUAUGCACCGAACGUCUUCCCAAUCGAGGUCGCCAAGAUGUUGGCGGGUACGCCCGUCGACCAGGCUAUCGGUGUCAUCGCCAUCACGCUGCACGGUGCCCAAGGUUUGAAGAACACUGACAAGUUCGCCGGUACCCCCGACCCCUAUGCCGUGGUUUCCCUCAACAACCGGCAGCCGCUUGCGCAGACGAAAGUUGUCAAGGAGAACGCCAAUCCCCGCUGGAACGAGACUCACUACGUCAUCAUCACCUCCUUCAACGAUUCACUGGACCUUGACAUUUUCGAUUACAACGACAUCCGAAAGGACAAGAAGCUUUGCUCUGCAUCCUUCCCGCUGGAGAACGUCGAGGAAGUCUAUGAACACGAGAACGAGCGACUCGAGCUCAAGCACGACGGCAAGGCGAGGGGCGUGGCGCUUUGCGAUAUCCGGUUCUUCCCCGUUUUGGAGUCUAAGAAGCUCGACGAUGGAAGCAUGGAACCGGCUCCCGAGUCGAACCAGGGUAUCUUGCGGUUUACUGUCGAGCAGGCUAAGGAGCUCGAUGGCUCGAAGAGCAUGGUCGGCCUGCUUAGCCCCUACGCGAUGCUUCUCCUGAACGGCAAAGAGGUGCAUUCCAGCAAGAAGCUGAAGCGGACCAACAACCCGAUCUGGGACAACGGCUCCAAGGAGAUCCUGAUUACGGAUAAGAAGAAUGCCAAGCUCGGCGUCGCUAUCAAGGACGAUCGUGACCUUGCCGGAGACCAACUCAUCGGAACGUACCAGAUCAAGCUGGAGGAUAUGCUAGAUUUCAUGGAAAAGGGACAGGAGUGGUACAACCUUGCCGGGGCCAAGACUGGCCGCGUCAAGAUGAUGGCUCAGUGGCGGCCGGUGGCUAUCUCGGGUAUCGCAACGGGCACAGGAGGUUACAAGACCCCCGUGGGCGUCUUGCGGGUUCACUUCAAGUAUGCCAGGGGGCUCCGCAACGUGGAGGCCCUCGGCAAGUCCGAUCCAUAUGUUCGAGUCGUGAGUGCCGGUAUUGAGAGAGGGCGGACUGUCACGUUCAAGAACAACCUCAACCCCGACUGGGACGAAGUUCUCUACAUCCCGCUCCAGACAGCGAGAGGCAGAAUGCAGUUGGAGGUCAUGGACGCCGAGAGUGUAGGCAAGGACCGCAGCCUGGGUCUCACCGAGAUUGACAAGGCCGACUACAUGGUUCAGGACGAGAACGGCGAGUGGCUCGUGCACGACGAGAAGGUCGAGCAUAACGACGGGCUGCGCAUGCAUAACAAGGGGACUCCUAAGGGCGUGCUGACUUAUACCGUGGCCUUCUACCCGACUCUCAACAUUGCCGACCCUGAGGAAGAGGAGGAGAAGGAGAAGGAGAUUGCGGCGAAGGAAAAGGAGAUGGCGGAGAGGGAGAAAGAGGAGGCGGAGAAGGACAAGUCUUCCCUGGCCAGACCUUCUAUGGAUGCGCGGUCAUCUGUCAGACAAUCCUUGGACGUGCGAUCCAACGACGGCAACGGCAACGGCAACGGCAAGGAACCUGGCACACCGUUGACACCGACCAGCCCUGCGUCUGCUAUUUCGCCCCGGAAGUCUCGCGACGUCCGGGAACCGCCCAAGGUGUACCUCACGCCCCAGGAACUGCUCGCUCACGAGUCCGGCGUGGUCAUCUUCCGACUCAUGGAGGCAGACCUACCCAAGACCCAGACCCGCAUCGAGGUGUUUGUCGACGACAUGGCUUUCCCAUCCUACGUGUCUUCCACGGCAAGGUCUCGGCAAAACAAGUUCGACGAGAUGGGCGACUGCUUCAUUCGCGAACUGGAGUUUUCAAAGUUGACUAUCGUCGUUUCUGAGAGGACGGACAAACACGAUGAUGCCCACAAACAGCAGCAUACCUUGGCUCGUCUGUCGGGCAACACGCUCGACACCCUCAAACAAUGCUUGAAUAACCCCACCGUUCUCAAGAUGAAGGGCGAAGAUGGCGAGGUGUACUCGAUUAGGGUGAGCCUCAAGUACGUCCCGGUCAAGAUGCAGCUCGACCCGAGCGAAAGCAUCAACAACAUGGGCAACCUCCGAGUCGAUGUUCUCGAUGCCCAAGAUCUUCCGGCCGCCGAUUCCAACGGCAAGAGCGAUCCCUACACCAAGUUCGAGCUCAACGGCCAGGAGGUCUUCAAGACAAAGACACAAAAGAAGACGCUGAACCCGGCGUGGAACGAGUUCUUCAAUGUCCCGAUCCCUUCCAGGACCGGCGCCAAGUUCAAGGCCGCCGUGUGGGAUUGGGAUUUCGCCGACAAGCCGGACUUCCUCGGCGGCACCGAUAUUGACCUAGGGAUGCUUGAGCCUUUCAGAGCGCAGGAGUUCAAGUACAUCCUGGACGGCAAGUCCGGUGUGCUCCGUCUUCGCAUGCUCUUCACGCCCGACUACGUCACCCGGACCAGGCAGGGGACAUCGACUUUGGCGGGCACCUUCUCCGUGCCGGGCAGGAUCGUAACCGGCGUCGCCGGCGUCCCCCUCAAGGGCGGCGCGGCCGUUGCCGGAGCCGUGGGCCACGGUGUAGGCAAGGGAGCCUCGUUCCUCUUCCGCGGGCUCCGCGGCAAGAAGGACGACGGCGACAGCAGCGACGAGGAGAGAAACUCGGCCGAUGUCCCGCUGAUCACCACCGAGGGCCCGUCCGAGUCCAAGGCGAUUGCGAAUGGUACCCCGCUUCACCACACCCGCACCAAGAGUGUGGGCGCGUCGUCGGUCCACAGCGCCAUCAUCCCGGGCGCGGCGUCCGGCACGGCGUCCUUCACCAUCGUCUCGGCCUCGGGCUUCCCGCCGUCGGCUGACAUCUACAUCACGGUCACACAACUGCGCGAGGACGGCAAGGGCAAGCAGGUCGGCAAGACUAAGCACCGCAAGUCGCCGAGCGGCACCGCCCGCUUUGACGAGACCUUCCGCAUCCAGUGCACGCCGGACGCCCAAUUCAAGAUCGAGGCCAAGGAGCACCACACCUUUGGCAGCGACGACCACCUCGGCGAGAUGCUCUAUUUUGUCGACGAAUCGGGCUCCAACGCCGAGAAGACCCUGCCCGUCGGUAGCGGCACCGUCGUGCUCAAGAGCAACUUCGUGCCCAACCCGGACUCCUCGUCCGCGAUCGAUGACAGCGCCUCCGGCGGGAGGCUCGUGCCUGACAGCCCCAAGUCGGGCAAGUCAGUUGUAGGUGGCGUGCGCCGCAGCUUCUUGGGCAAGCGGGAGCUCAAGGUGCCCGGCCGGGACGGCACGCCUUCUUAG